AACCAACGUCUGCGUUCGGACUUUUCAGGCGAAGCCAUAGGCUCACGUCUACUGAUCUACAUCUCAAGAAGAAGAGUUUCCAUAAAAACUCAGAAACGCUAGCUCGUCAGCUUUGGAGAAACUUUACCAUCUCUCGUCCCUCCCGGCCUCCGAUGGAGGACGCGUUCGCCAGAUCCGUCGUCGAGGUUUUGGAGUUCUUUGGCGUGGAUCCUGCAAAAGGUCUUACUGAUUUACAGGUGGCAGAACACGGUAGAAUCUAUGGUAGAAAUGUGCUGCCUCAAGAGGGAAAGACACCAUUUUGGAAAUUGGUUUUGAAGCAAUUCGAUGAUUUGCUUGUUAAGAUAUUGAUUGCUGCUGCUCUUGUUUCAUUCCUUCUGGCCUUGAUUGAUGGAGAGACAGGCUUAACAGCAUUUUUGGAGCCCUCUGUUAUUUUGAUGAUAUUGGCUGCAAAUGCGGCUGUGGGCAUAAUUAUAGAAACAAAUGCUGAAAAGGCUCUCAAGGAGUUGCGUGCUUAUCAAGCUGAUGUUGCAACUGUGCUGCGAAAUGGUUGCUUCUCAAUCUUACCCGCAACAGACCUUGUCCCUGGGGAUAUUGUUGAAGUUAGUGUGGGCUGCAAAAUUCCAGCGGAUAUGAGAAUGAUUGAUAUGCCAGGUGAUCAAUUACGUGUUGAUCAGGCAAUUCUUACAGGUGAGAGCUGCUCUGUUGAAAAAGAGCUUGAUUCUACCUUAACGACUAAUGCUGUCUACCAAGACAAAACAAACAUUCUUUUCUCGGGUACAGUAGUCGUUGCUGGUAGAGCAAGAGCUGUUGUUAUUGGAGUUGGUUCUAACACAGCAAUGGGCAGCAUUCGCGAUUCAAUGUUAAGAACUGAAGAUGAAGCAACACCAUUGAAAAAGAAGCUGGAUGAAUUCGGUACUUUUUUGGCUAAGGUCAUUGCUGGUAUUUGUGUACUGGUGUGGAUUGUUAAUAUUGGUCACUUUCGCGAUCCUGCUCAUGGGGGCUUCUUGCGAGGUGCAAUUCAUUACUUUAAGAUAGCAGUUGCUCUUGCAGUUGCAGCAAUCCCUGAAGGGCUUCCAGCUGUUGUUACCACAUGUUUGGCUCUUGGAACAAAGCGAAUGGCUCGGUUGAAUGCUAUAGUAAGGUCUCUGCCAUCUGUGGAAACUUUAGGCUGCACAACAGUGAUUUGCAGCGACAAGACUGGUACUUUGACAACCAAUAUGAUGUCUGUCUCAAAGGUGUGUGUGCUUCAUUCUUUACACCAUGGUUCGAUUACUGCGGAAUACAGUGUCAGUGGGACAACAUACGCCCCAGAAGGCCUUAUUUUUGACAGCACAGGAAUGCAGCUUGACUUUCCAGCUCAAUCUCCUUGUCUUCUGCAUAUAGCCAUGUGUUCAGCUCUUUGCAAUGAGUCUGUUCUGCAAUACAAUCCAGACAAGGGGAACUAUGAAAAGAUUGGCGAGUCGACUGAAGUUGCCCUUCGUGUAUUUGUAGAAAAGGUUGGUCUCCCUGGCUUUGAUUCCAUGCCUUGUGCUUUGAAUAUGCUGUCGAAGCAUGAGCGUGCAUCUUACUGCAAUCGUUAUUGGGAGAAUCAAUUCAAAAAGGUCUCUGUUUUGGGAUUUUCUCGUGACCGCAAGAUGAUGAGUGUUCUUUGUAGCCGGAAGCAGACUGGGAUUCUGUUUUCAAAAGGGGCUCCAGAAAGUAUAAUGUCCAGAUGCACAGAUAUUCUAUGCAAUGAUGAUGGCUCAACCACUUCUCUCUCUGCCAGUAUUCGAGCUGAGUUGGAGUCGAGGUUCCACAGCAUUGCAGGGAAAGAAACUUUAAGAUGUUUGGCUCUAGCCUUUAAGCGGUUGCCCAUUGUUCAACAAACUCUCUCCCUUGAUGAUGAGAAAGACCUAACAUUUAUUGGGUUGGUUGGAAUGCUUGACCCACCGCGAGAUGAAGUAAGAGAUGCUAUGCUCUCGUGUAUGACUGCUGGCAUACGUGUUAUAGUUGUUACAGGGGAUAACAAGACUACAGCAGAAUCUCUGUGCCAUAAGAUAGGUGCUUUUGACCACUUAGUUGAUUUUGUUGGAUGCUCUUACACUGCUUCUGAGUUUGAAGAACUUCCAGCAUUGCAGCAAACAAUAGCAUUGCAACGUAUGGCCCUUUUCACCAGGGUUGAACCGGCUCAUAAAAGAAUGCUGGUUGAAGCCUUACAGCACCAGAAUGAAGUGGUUGCUAUGACUGGUGAUGGAGUCAAUGAUGCGCCAGCACUAAAAAAAGCUGAUAUCGGAAUUGCCAUGGGAUCAGGAACUGCAGUUGCCAAGAGUGCUUCAGAUAUGGUUUUAGCUGAUGACAAUUUUGCUUCUAUUGUUGCGGCUGUUGCUGAGGGGAGGGCUAUAUACAAUAACACAAAGCAGUUCAUCAGAUACAUGAUAUCUUCAAACAUUGGUGAAGUAGUUUGUAUUUUUGUGGCGGCUGUACUCGGAAUUCCUGAUACUCUUAUUCCUGUCCAGCUGCUCUGGGUCAAUUUGGUUACUGAUGGAUUGCCUGCCACCGCUAUUGGUUUCAACAAGCAAGACUCUGAUGUAAUGAAGGCUAAACCCCGUAAGGUUGGCGAAGCAGUUGUCACUGGGUGGUUGUUUUUUCGUUAUUUAGUAAUUGGAGCUUAUGUUGGACUUGCCACUAUUGCGGGAUUUAUAUGGUGGUUUGUUUACUCUGAUGACGGGCCUAAACUUCCGUACAGUGAAUUGAUGAAUUUUGACACAUGCCCAUUAAGGGAAACAACUUAUCCUUGCAGUAUAUUUGACGAUCGGCAUCCAUCAACUGUGUCAAUGACUGUGCUUGUUGUUGUUGAGAUGUUCAAUGCACUAAAUAACCUUAGUGAAAAUCAAUCUCUUUUUGUUAUCCCCCCUUGGAGUAAUUUGUGGCUUGUUGGUUCCAUCAUCCUGACUAUGGUCUUUCACAUACUAAUUUUGUAUGUGCAGCCACUAUCUGUUCUAUUUUCUGUGACACCACUGUCGUGGGCUGAGUGGACUAUCGUCUUGUAUCUUUCAUUUCCUGUUAUAAUAAUCGAUGAGAUUCUGAAGUUCUUUUCGAGAAAAUCUAGUGGGAUAAGGUUCAAUAUUCGGUUUAGGAGAGCUGAUUUACUUCCGAAAAAGGAAUCCCGUGAUAAGUGAAAAUGGAGCUUUCUGUCGAACAAUUUUAUAUGAGUACCUGGUUGCAUAAUGGCAUUCACAAUUUUGGUCACACAUCCGUAUACCUUGUUGAAAUGGUUUGGAAGAAUCCUUGGCUUAUCUUGCAUGAAGGAACUUGCAGGAGCAAUCCCACCAAAUCUCACUCCCUUACUGCGUCUGUUUGUAACAAUUAGAGGGGAAACCACAUUGACCUUUUAACAUAUUUGCCCGCUGAUCAGUUGUCAGUUGACACGCUUGCUGAUGAGUUGAAUUGGAAUAGAAUGGUUCAGCUGCCAAGGACAUGGAUUCUCAUUGUUAUUUUUUUUCCUUCCAUACAUCAAAAAUUAUUUAUGGUCUGUCAUGCUUAUGUCGGUGGUGGCUUGAAAAUUUUAGUUCCUGUAACUCCUGCUCAGCUGUCUACUUAUUAAAAAUAGUUUUUGUUUUUAUUUUUAGUUUUUUUUUUUUUUUUUCAAAUGAUUAUGAAAAUUGAAGAGAGGUUUUGAAGGAA